ACGCCUCGAUAGCAAACCGACGACUCAAACAACCCCUCACCGAAACGUCACCGAUAUGUGAUCCUAAAGUCUUUGAUCGUUCCCGAUGCCACGCCUAGACGAUCGCGACGUCUAGCAGCACAAUGCGACACUCCCCAACCAGACGACGGGCUCCUUGAUCCGGCUGCUGCCGGCGAAGCAGCUUGUCAGCGUUCGCCGUCCUUGGAUGAAGCUGCGCCGGUUCCUACGGCUCCCCCGGCCCGGUGUGAACGAGGGAGGAACUUCUUCUUCAGUGAUCUAACAAUGGACGUGUUCAUCGAUUUCUCAUCGGACGAAGGGUUCUACCAAUACGCCAAGAAGAAGAAGAAGGCAGCGGCACCGCAGCCCAUCAAUUGGGCCGCGGAGUUGAAAGGCGACGGUGCUGCCGACGGCGGCGACAAGAAGGAUGACAGCAAUGGCAAUGCAGGCAACGCCGGUGGUGAUGCAGGAGGUGCUGGUGAUGGCGGUGACGACAAGAAAAAGGACGAUGACAAAAAGGGCGAUAAGAAAGCCGACGAUAAGAAAGACGACAAGAAAGAUGAUGACGAAAAGGACGACAAGAAAGAUGAUGACGAAAAGGACGACAAGAAGGAUCGCGAUGGCGACGCCAAACUCGAUGAUGCCUGGGGCGCGUUCGAGUCCGCCGGUAAGAAAACAAAGAAGGGCAAGAAAGGCGCCGCUUCAGAGCCUGAGAAGACGACCGAUGCAGCUGCGGGGGAAACGGCACUCAAGCUUGACGCAUCAUUUGAUGAAAUCAAGCUGGACGGUCCGUCACCCGACGUGAAACUUGGUGCGUCCACAGACAGCAAGACCAAUUCGUUCAGCACCUGGGGCACCAGUUGGAACACUGGAAGCAUAUGGGAUUGGUCCGGUACCAAAAAAACUGACACAUCAACAGAAAAGAGGGAGAAGAAGGAAGAGAAAAAGGAAGAGAAAAAGGAGGAGGAUCCUUGGGAUGUCAUGAACCAACCCAAGUCGAAAAAGAAGACCAAAACUACCACUGGCUUCGGCUCCUUCGACGAGCCAGCAGAGAAGACCGCAGAAGCCCCUCUCGUAGAGCAGAAAAAAGACGAGGAUUUCGGCCUCGCCUGGGGCACAGGCACAACCACUGUCAAAAAGGACAAGAAGAAGAAGAUCAGCAUCUGGGAACCUGAACCCGAAGAGCACAAAAAGGAUCCACUUGCUAGGAGUCAAGAGUUGAGCGCUGCCGCUCCCGCUGCUCCAGUGGAAGAUGCCUGGCUAGGUACUUCCAAGAAGGACAAGAAGAAGAGCACCCUCUUUUGGGGGGAUGAGCCCGAGCCCGAGCCCGAGCCGAAGCCGGAACCGCCCAAGGACCCUGAGCCUCCAGCGCCAGAGCUAACAGCCUCCGAAGACAUCUGGGGCACUGUCGCUACCAAAAAAAAGGGCAAGAAGAGCAAGAAUGUCGUUGAGGAGGUCAAAGAACCUGAUCCGCCCGCUGCUGAUCCCGAACCAGAACCCUCAAAAGAGGAAAUCAAUCUUAAUUGGGGCGACAUUUGGGGCGCAGCUGCCGGUAAGAAGACCAAGAAGAAAAAGGGCGCCGUUGAAGAGGUGAAAGAACCGGACCCUCCACCGGCUGAGCCUGAACGUAAGCCUGAACCCGAACCCGAACCCCCUGCAGCCGACGAUGGUUGGGGCUGGGGCUUCGGUAAGAAGGACAGGAAGAAAGGUAAGAUCACAGAGGAGCCGAAAAUCGAAGAAACAGCCUCGGUGGAGCCGGUGGUCGAGAGUAAGAAGGAAGAGGACGACUUCUGGGGAUCAAUGACUUCCAAGAAGGAGAACAAAAAGAAGGGAAAGAAUGUCAUUCUCGAUCCGGUACCCGACCCGCCAGUUGAGGAAGCCAAGGAAGAACCUCCGGCUGAUCCUGUUGUCGAUGAUGACUGGGGUCUCUUUGGUGGUUUGAAGAAGAAAAAGAAGGGAAAGAAUGCCAUUCUCGAUCCGGUACCCGACCCGCCAGUUGAGGAAGUCAAGGAAGAACCUCCGGCCGAUCCUGUUGUCAAUGAUGAUUGGGGUCUCUUUGGUGGGUUGAAGAAGAAAAAGAAGGGCGUCGUGGAGGAGAUUCCAGCGGAGAAGCCCCGGGAAGCAUCCGAGCCGCCGCCUCCUGCAAUUGACACGUUGGACGAUCUUGGCUGGGGUAACACCAGUGCAAAGAAGAAGAAAAAGGGCAAAAAUGCAGUCAUCGAGGAACCUCCACAGUCGCCUCCGGAACCAGAACGUCCAAAAAAGGAAGAAAAGCUUGCCGAAGAUGAUUGGUUGCACUUUACCUCUGCCACGGACAAGAAAAAGAGCAAGAAGGGCAAAGUUGUGGAGGAAGUUAAAGAACCAGGACAAGAAGAAAAAGGGCAAAAACGCCGUCAUUGAAGAACUCCCGAAAGAACCUGAUCCUGUACCUGAGGUAGUUGAGCCUGAACCUCCCAAAGAGGUAGACAAAUCGCCAGCGGAAGACUUUCUGAGCGCUGUCACCACUUCGAAAAAGGACAAGAAAAAGAAAAAGAAAGGUGUCGUCGAAGAAGAGCCCCCGCUCCCCCUAAAGGGACCUGAUCCAGUACCUGAGGUAGUCGAGCCAGAACCUUCGCCGCCAGCCGAAGAGAAGCCUGCAGAG